AUGCUGCAGGACGUGGACGACGCCAUCCAGUUUGAAGUCAGCAUUGGGAACUACGGCAAUAAAUAUGACACCACCUGCUUGCCUUUGGCCUCCACCACUCAGUACAGCCGAGCCGUGUUUGAUGGCUGUCAGUACUAUUACUUGCCCUGGGGUAACGUGAAGCCUGUCGUUGUUUUGUCAUCAUACUGGGAGGACAUCAAUCACCGCACUGACAGCCAGAAUAUCAUCGACCAUACCAUUGACAACCUGGAGAGGAACCUGGAACAAGUGAACUUGUCAUUGAAGGCAAAGAAUUCCCCGUAUGAUGUGGCUUAUGUGAUUUCACAUAUGGUUGAUGAAGUCAUCAGUGAUUGCGGCCAUCCGCUACCUGACAUUACAUCAAUGCCCGGAACCACACACCUGGAUCUGUAUCUUUACCGCUUCCGGAAGACCAACCUGAGCCAGAUUAUCCAGACGGCUUUGAAGAUGAAACACGAGGAGUAUGAUAUUAUGGAGGUCUUGGAGCAAGCUGAGGAUUGGCUGCAGAGACUGAAAGCCAUGGCGGAUGAGCCUCAGAACAGCCUGCCAGAUAUACUGAUUUGGAUGUUACAAGGAGACAAGCGUGUGGCUUACUACAGAAUGCCAGCCCGACAAGUCCUUUUCUCCAAGAGGGGCCCCAAGUGUUGCGGCAAGAACUGCGGGAAACUCCAGACCAUCUUUCUCAAAUACCCACAAGAGGGUAAUAAAGGAGCCAAGAUGCCAGCGCAGGUCCGAGUUCAGCUGUGGUUUGGACUGGCUGUGGAUCAGAAGGAAUUUAACCAGUCAGCUCAGGGCAAGCUCUCUGUGUUUGCUGAAACAUAUGAAAACCAGACCAAACUGGCGCUUGUAGGCAACUGGGGGACCACAGGACUUACCUACCCCAAGUUCUCUGACGUAACUGGGAAGAUGAAAUUA